GGUUGCGCGAUAUCUUCUUCUAUAUAAGUUCAAAGGCUGCGCCUCAGAUCUAGAUGUUCAACAGCCGCCUCGCCAAGUUCAAGGUAGAUCGAUAGAGAGAGAAAAGAUGGGAUCUGCUUGGCCGACGGGGCCAUAUGCGACUUCGAUCGACCUCGCCGUCGGUGUUCGACCUGCUGCCGCAACUGUCCGCUGAUGAGCAGGCACGGUUUCCGUCGCUGGGCCUCCAUAUGCCCGAGCACCAGGCCCGCACGACGGAUUCUCCGCCAAAGCCUAUAGGGCCCCCUUUCGGAUACGCCCCCCUCCCCCCUUCUCCCAAUCAGUGUGAUUGCAAUAUUAAUUAACUUGGUUUAUGCCAUGAUUGAAUUGAUGCCCUGAGUGCUUUUCGCUGCAAAAGUAUUUGUUCUACAAUAUUAUGUAGUAGUCCAAUUUGUUGAGUUGCAUUAGACUGAUUUAUUGGCUCAUCUAAGAUCCCUGUCGCAGAGGUUUUGACGUUGGAAAAACCAUUAUAGUUCCCAAUAUAUAAUUUUUGUUUCGUUUUACAUUUGGCUUAGAAAGAAUUACGUGCACUGAAACAUUAUGAUUCACUUGCCACAACCACAAGUUCUUUAGCUUAUUACUUAAUCAUAGGGGAGCUUUGACUCUGGUACCCAAGAAACUGAUAGCAGCCCAAACACAAGCCAUCUGCUUUUUUUCGUUUGCCAUGCACCCUUUGAGGAAUUCCCCAAGGAAUACAGUUACAAAGUUCACAUGUUUGCUCAAGUCUCGUCUAAUUUUUCUAAAGAUUCCAGCACACUGUCUAAACACCCCAUGCAAUUAAACGGGAAAAACAUUGUGGCUGCAGAACUGAUUGUGGAAAGGUGCUUGUAAGGUCACCUAUGGUUCAUAUUUUGUUGAUGGCAUGGCUGAAUGACAAGCUUGUGUGUUCGUAGGGAAUUGGAUACACUAGUGAAGCCUCUCGCAUGCACUUUGUCCAUGAUGCUCUCCGUCACUACAAUGCUGGACACCCGGGUGCUGAGUUUGAUGCUGUGAAGCCUCUGAUAGAAGACAACGUGAAUAUCAAGGGCAAACCGUGGUUCCACAUCAAUUUCUUGGCUCGUAGCUGCAUUAGCAAAAAUAUAAAGCGUUUCUUUGCUGAGGUGCACUACGAGCCACCCACUGAUGGGCGGCCCUUCUCACGACUUCCUGUGGUUGAAGCAUGCAUAAUCCUUGAUGAGUCGUCUAGCCAGUACAGGAGCAGCUGUGCAUUCUGUCGAAGUCAUCUGGACGUUUUGCAUCCGGUAGAUGACCAUGACUUUGUUUGUGGAACUGGGAAGGACAAGGAAUGGAUGAUUGAAGAAUUACUUGGGAUGCGAUUCAUAAGCUGUCGGGAUCUGGCCUCCAACAGUGAAGUGGAAGAAGAGAAGAGGGAUCUGGCCUCCUCCAAUGGUGAAGUGGAAGAAGAGAAGACGGAAGUUUAAACCUGUUGGGUGUCACCUAGUCGUCUUGUAUGGGGUGUCUAUUUAUCGCUUUAUGCGAUUAGAUUUGUUUUUGUCGCAGAACCAGGCGGACGGGCAUGCAUGCGCCGGCGCGCCGCGCGGGACGCGUGUGGAUUGGAGGCUCUUUUUAAGUUAAGCCCAAAAUGCUAAUUAGUCUUCUUUCUUUAUUACUUCGUGCCUUAUUUCUUUGUUUCUUUCUUCACCCAUUAACUGCACGCAUGCCUGUCACCCAAUUAUGAGUAUCACAAUCAAGCAAACCCAUGAUGUAAUUGCCUUCUUUUUCUUCAACCAUUAACUAGUUCCGUCUAGUUAACAUAUGGCCCAUUAACUAGUAGUCCAUUAGCUCGCCCAAGAAUUAAAUUCUUCUACUAAAGAAUCAACUUCUGAGUCAUUUUAGAAUGUUCCGAGUUUCUGAGUUAUUUCAGGAUUGUUUGGAAAACAUUUCAGAAUGUUUCGUAAAAAUGCUUAGCAAAAGUUCCCACCAAAUGUUUACCAAAUACUUUAGAAUAUUUCAAGCAUUACAGAUUUGUUUGAAAACAAAUCAAAAUAUUCUGAAAAUUUUUCAUUUGUUCUAAAAAGUUUUUGAAAACACUUUAGAAUGUUCUAGGAUAUUAAGAAAAAUUUGAAAUGUUCCCAACAAAUUUUCAUUUGUUCAAGGAAUUUGUUGGGAAACAUUUCGGAAUGUUCCAUUGGAGCUUUUUGAAAUGUUCAUGAACAUUCAAAAAGUUCUCGAACAAGUUUGUAAACAUUUCAAAGUGUCGAGUGAAAAAAUAUUUGAGAACAAUUCACAAUGUUCUGGAUAAUUGCCAGAAAUGUUCAGAAAAAAGAUUUGAACUUUUAAAAAUGUUCGUGAGGAAUUUGUUUUGGAACAUUUUAGAAUGUUCCAUUAGAACUUUUCAAAAUUUUCCUGAACAUUCAUAAAGACCAUACUUAAUAUAUUUAGAUACUUUUUUAGUUGGAACAAUUUGAUGAUGAAGCUAGAAUAAUUUACAAUUUAAGCCCAAAAGAAUCUAAAUUGUUCUCGAACAAAUAAAAAUGUUCCACAGAAAAAUGAUUUGAAUGCAUUAGAGAAAUUAUUCUUUGAACAAAAUAAAAUGUUCCAAGAAUAAAAUACUUGUUCUGUAAUAAAUAAAAAUAUUAUAGAAAAAUAUCAUCAAAGUAUUGUUAAGUAUACUUUUAUUUUGAAGAUCUCAUUGUAAGAAACAUAAUAUUGUGAUAGAAAUUUGAUUGGGAUAAUUAUAUUUUAUAAACUACGUUGUUAAGUUGAAUCCUGUUUGUACGAGAAUCACUGGUGAAUCAUGACUCUUAGCUUCUAGCUGCCAGCGAUGCCAGCGAAUGAAAUGAAAAGAAGAAACAAAAAAGCAACCUUCCAAUGAGGUGCGCAUGCAAAUUUAGGCCUGCGCGGAUCCCUCCACGGUCUUGUACGACAGCUUUUAUCCUAGCAGCGAUGAAUAGAAUCCACCUGUUGUCCUCCACGGUCUUCUUCUAACAUUUAAAAUUGUUUCAAAAGAUUAAAAGAAGUUAUGACCUCUUCAAAAUGUUCUUCAAUCAUUUUUGAAUGUUUCAAACAUUUCAAAUUGUUCCAAAACAUUCAAAACAGUUAUAAUCUCUUCAAAAUAUUCUUCAAUCAUUUUAGAAUGUUUUGAACAUUUCAAAUUAUUCCAAUACAUUCAAAAAAGUUUUGAGCUUUCAAAAUAGUUAUGCGCAUAUUUUAGAAUAUUUGAACCAUCUAAAGUUGUUCCAGAGUCCAGACUAACUAAAAUUAAAUAUGACUGAUGCAGGCAGAAAAAUAAAAAGAAGAAGAUGAGAGACGUCAUGCUUAAUAUGGGCCAUAAUAAAUGCUUAAUGUUUCCGUGACAGCACAGCGGCAACAGCCAGCAAAUUGAAUAGAAAAUGGUGCACGCGACCCAAGACAAAGUCAGCUGCGGCGGAACAGCUUCUGCAACGCGUCAGGGCCCACUCGUGCGCGCGAUAAAUAGAAAUCGUUGUCUUGUCUUCAAUUCCAAACCAUGUCAAUUCGGUCGUAUGAUAGCAGACGUCAAAGAAAUAUUGGUAGAUCUUGGGCAGCCAUCGUAUGUAUUCUUGGAUGCUGGUUCUCUUUUGCUCAUGGAUAUUUGUGUAUGUGGUUACUUUGUUGUUUA